UGCCUUGCUGUGAUAUGUUAGACUUUUAUUUUACAAAUACACGCUAUACCUUAUUCCUGACUUUAGUAUUCUAAAACCUUGCAUAAUAAUAAAUAAAUUAAUGUCAAUACACAGUAUAAAGCCAUGAGAAGUUGUGUAUGAAUGCGACCAUUACCUAUAAACUAAUUUGUUACACCUACAGUGCACACAUAACUUUCCGUUUAAAGCUGACUGUGAGACUGUGAGAUGUAAGGGCUACAAUACAGUGCUUUAUACAGAAGAGUUGAAGCAGCACUAGGCUACAUAUUGUUUUCUAAUGGCAGGAUCGUAUUCACUUCUCUGUCUCUGUCUAUGCGUCCUAUUUCUGGCGCAGCAUUGAUUCUAGUAAACUAACUCCCACAACAAAAUACUGGAUUACAGUACAAACAAGGUCAGCUUACUGUGAAAUACUUCUGAAAUUAACAAAUUAACCUUUAAGGUGGUCAUGCUACUGUGUGCACUCCAUGCUUUGAAAUACCCUCUAUUUGCCCUUAAAAACUAAAACUAAACUAAACAAACAGAUUAACUAACUAAGUAUUUCAUACAUGGGAUUUACUCUGUGAUAUUUUAAAAAUUACCACGUGUCGUACAAAGCUGUUGUCCAAAGAUAAAUUUGACCAUGGAAAAAAACAGUUUGAAUGGUUAGCUGGAGGAUAUUUCUUUACCCCCAUAACUUACUUGUGUCUAUUUAUAUCUGCGCCCUGAGUCUUAUUUUGGACAUUGUUUCUAAGUAAACUCUUUCAUCACACUGUGACAGGUUGUUUCAACAGACAUCUCAAAUAACUAAGAGGUAAUCAUUGCAUAACAUGCAAUCAAAAGACCAUGUUGAGGGCAAAUGUUCCAUCACCACCACAAUCUCUUCUAUCAUCCUUGGGUAAUUCAGGCUGUUAUUUGCUCGUUUCAUUCUGAGGUGUGGUGUUUAUUUGAGAAUGCACAAUGUGCAUGCUCAACACAACACAGUCUUACACUGGAUAUGCCUUAGGGAGCUGAGGUAUUAACACUUAUUUCUGAGGUUAAGAUGAGGUAGCCUUCCAGAGACAAGGGAGGGGCCUCGGAUCCUGCAGCCAUCAAAGCACUGUGAAGAAGAAUGGCCACCAGACGUGCUCAUGUUGAAGAUGACCUUUCCUGUCCAAUUUGUGGACACAUUCUCAGUCAGCCAGUGGUGCUCACAUGCAGACACAGAUUCUGUAAAGCCUGUCUAAAAGACAGCUGGGAGACACAAGGCCGUGGGGAUUCAAACUAUUGUCCUCUGUGCUGGCGCCGUUCCUCCAUGGAUCAAAUAGUGGUGAGCACUGUGCUGGAGAAGUCCUGUGAAUCCUUCAAGCUGGACAGAAGCAAGAAUGACCCAGAGGCUUGUAAGGAGCAUGGAGAAAAGCUCACGCUGUUUUGUUUGGAGGACUUGGAGCCAAUCUGUGGUGUGUGUGGGAAAGCAGCUGCACACACUGGGCACAGACUCUAUCCUAUUGGGGAAGGUGCUCAUGACUGUAAGGAAGAACUGAAGAGUGCGCUGCUGCCUUUGAAAGAGAAGAUGCAGCUGUACAAGAAAGCGAAAAUGGCCUGUGAGGAAAUGGCAGAACAUGUCAUGAACCAAGCUGAACAUACCGAAACACAGAUCAAAGAGGAAUUUGAAGCCCUUCACUGUUUUCUAAAAGAGCAAGAGGCUGCUAGGCUUUCUGCUUUGAAGGCCGAUGAGGAUGAGAAGACUCUGAUGAUUAACCAGAGGAUUGAGGAGAUGAGCAAUGAAAUUACAUCUCUGUCCAACACCAUCAGAUUAGUAGAACAGGACAUGAAAUCUCAAGACAUCCCAUUUCUUAAGAAUUACAAAGAAACAAUAAGAAGAACCUGGCGAACUUCCCCCAAUCCAAAGAUGAUUUCUGGUGCUCUGAUUGAUGUGGCCAAGCACUUGGGCUCUCUGAAAUAUAAAGUGUGGGAGAAGAUGAAGAGCAUAGUAAAAUAUAAUCCUGUGAUUCUAGAUCCCAACACAGCAGCUAGCUGCUUCAGCCUCUCAGAAGAUCUCACAGUUGUGCAGAACUGCACCCAGAUUUUCAAGCUGCCAGACAACCCUGAACGCUUUGACAUCAGUGCUGAAAUGCUGGCUGCUGAGGGCUAUUCCUCUGGACGCCACAGCUGGGAUGUAGAGGUGAAGGACAACACCUACUGGGUGGUGGGAGUAGCCAGUGAGUCCAUCAACAGGAAGGGCAAGCACGUACUGACGCCAGCAGAGGGAUUCUGGACUAUACGGUUUCGCAACGGAGAGCAUAAGGCCUGCACAGCACCAUGGGAGCCGCUGAACAUGACUACGAAGCCAGAAGUGAUAAGAGUAGUUUUAGACAUGGACCGAGGCAAGGUGACGUUUUAUGACCCCAGAGAGAGAACACCUCUGUACACCUUCACAGAUGUCAUCACACCCAGAGCCUUUCCCUACUUUUGCACUGCCUGCAAAGAGCAUCCACUGAAAAUCCUAUCCACAAGAAUAUCCUUGUCAAUGGACCACUAACUCACACUGGAAACAUUUUGCCAAACAUUGCUUAUAUAAAAAUCCAAUGAAAGAAAUUAAGGGCUGCUUAAGCUUGUGAACAUAUGAUCAUGUUUUCUCUUGCAAGAGAUGACUGUGGGGAACACUGAACGAAAAAUGCACCUCUAAAUUAUUAUUGAUGAAUGACAUGAAACAGAAAUGUUUUAA